AAGAAUUUUUACGACAAUUACCUGAAAGUAAUGCAAAUAAAUCUCAAUUCUGUGGUCUAUUUAACGCAUAUAUGUGUCGAGCAUUUGGAGAAAACAAAGGGAAAUGUUAUCAACAUCUCGAGUAUCGCUGCCAUGCGAGCCUUCACAGGCUUUUCGCCAUACAGUGUGGCAAAGGCUGCGAUGGAUAUGUUCACCAAAUGUAUGGCCGCGGAGUUGGGACCCAAACGUAUCCGCGUUAAUGUCAUCAACCCUGGUCCAAUUCGUACUGAAUUUAUGGAGGCAAUGAGUACACCUAAGGAGAUGUCCGAUAAGAUUUUUGACGCCUACGGGAAGUUGACCAUGGUAGGUCGCGUAGGGGAAUCCAAUGAUGUGGGUGACUCCAUUCUAUAUCUGGCCAGUGACCAUGCUGCUUUUGUAACCGGCACUAAUUUGAUUGUGGACGGGGGUGUUCUUGCAGCCAAUAACAUCAAUUCCGAUGCUCUCAAGGAUUUCAUGUAA